GGAGCUGCAGAGGACAGACCAAUGUGAGCUCCCCUGGAUGCUGGUCUGCUGCAGGACGCUUUUCCCGGAGCUGUAUUUUUCAUGGCUCCAGCUGAGCAGCGUCUGUGUCUCCUGCUCUUGCUAACCUGCUGCUGCUCCUUGGUGGAGACACAAUUUUUUGACUGGUUCUGGGGGAGCCGAAAAGCCCCCAAGGUAACGACCCUGCCCCCCACAGAGAGCCCUGCUUCGGAGGGACAGACGGCGGAACCACUUACCUCUCCUGUGGCCACCACGACACGGGCGGCUGUGCCGGCGACCGCGCAGCCAGGGGACCAGGUAUGGAGCAAGCUCGCAGUCACGCGGCCGGCACCAGCCGCGGACACCGCUGUCCCCGCUCCGGCAUCACCUUCCCUGCCCCAGGACCAGGGGGAGAACAUUGCAGGGGUGGGGGCUGAGAUCCUGGACGUAGCAGAGGGCAUCAGGAGCCUGGUCCAGCUAUGGGAUGAGGGGACCACCUGGAGGACUGGAAACGCAGGGGAGCCCACAGCCGCUGCGCCUCGGACAACCACUCGCACCAGUCUGGCUGCUCCCAGCUCUGCAACGGGGCUGGCUGGCCAUGGGAACAUGACUGCCAACUCGACAGGGGAUGGCCACGGCCUGCUGGGGACCGGGCAGCCGGAGGCUUCGCUUCCCAUGCCAACAGGCCCUCCGCCUGCCUGGAACAGGACACGGGCGCUCUUACAGAAGCCUGCGGCAGCUCCUCCAGGUAGUGCUUCUUUCCCGUUUUCAUCAGAACAUUUCAGCACAGAAGUGAGUCUUUUGCAGCUGAUUGGAGAUCCCCCACCGGAGCAAAUAACCAAAGUCAUUGGCCCCGACAACACUCUUGCCUAUGUCUUCGGGCCGGAUGCCAACACCGGUCAAGUGGCCCGGUACCAUCUUCCUAGCCCCUUUUAUAGAGACUUCUCGCUCCUUUUCCACGUUCAGCCCACGACCGACAAGGCUGGCGUACUCUUUGCCAUCACAGAUGCCUCGCAGACGGUCAUCUACGUUGGAGUGAAGCUCUCCACCGUGCAGGACAGGAAGCAACAGAUCAUCUUCUACUACACGGAGCCGGGCUCCGAGAGCUCAUAUGCAGCUGCAACUUUCUCUGUGCCUUCCCUGGCGAACGAGUGGACUCGCUUUGCCAUCAGCGUGGAGGAUGACGAGGUGGUUCUGUACCUGAACUGUGAGGAGUUUCGCCGGGUUCGCUUUGAGCGUUCUCCCGAUGAGAUGGAACUGGAGGAUGGGUCUGGGCUCUUUGUGGGUCAGGCUGGAGGGGCUGAUCCAGAUAAAUACCAGGGGGUGAUUGCAGAUCUGAAAGUGACAGGUGAUCGCCAAGCAGCUGAUCUCCAGUGUGAGGAACAGGACGAGGAUUCGGAUGUGGCGUCUGGAGAUUUUGGAAGUGGAGUUGAAGAAAGGCCCCACCUAUCAGGAAGGGAGCGGGGGACCCCGGCUGUGUCGCGGCUCCCGGAACCUCCCCCCGUCACGUCUCCCCCCACCGCUGAGGAGACAGUGGAGAAAGUGAGCGUGGGCUCUCAGCUGCAAACCAAGCAAAUCCAAGUGGAAGGACCCCAGCAAGUUUCUACAGCAGCCAGGGUUGGUCCAAAAGGUGAAAAGGGCGCCCCGGGAGAGAGAGGUGAACGUGGCCCAAAAGGGGACUCUGGAACCGGCGGGGUUCUAGCAGCCGGCAGCACCAAAGGUGACAAGGGGGAAAAAGGAGACCUGGGCGUUAAGGGAAGUGCAGGAUUUGGGUAUCCCGGCUUGAAGGGGCAGAAAGGGGACCCAGGUGCCCAGGGAUCUCCCGGCCCCGCUGGCCCGCCUGGGCCCCCUGGCUCUAUGGUGCAGCGCCUGGACGGCUCUGUGGUGGAGCAGGUCGCCGGGCCUCCAGGACCAACAGGCCCCCCAGGGCUGCCCGGGGAAGAUGGCCUCCCUGGCAAGGAUGGAGAGCCCGGUGAUCCUGGUGAGGACGGGAAACCUGGUGACGUUGGGCCCCAGGGAUUCCCUGGAACUCCCGGAGAGCCUGGCCUCAAGGGGCAGAAGGGUGAGCCCGGAGUCGGCGCAAGAGGCCCCCCUGGACUGCCCGGGCCGCCCGGGACACCGGGCCUCUCUUCCAAACAGGACAAGCUGACGUUCAUCGACAUGGAAGGCUCUGGGUUUGGAGGCGAUCUGGAAAGCUUCCGGGGCCCCCGAGGCCCACCAGGGCCCCCCGGACCUCCUGGGGUGCCCGGCCUGCCAGGAGAGCCAGGAAGAUUUGGGAUGAACAGCACUGAGCUGCCAGGACCCCCCGGCCUGCCAGGCAGAGCUGGCGUCCCCGGAGCCAAAGGCCUACCAGGUCCUGCGGGUCCUCCAGGAGAAAAUGGGUCUGCCGGCCAGCCUGGGCUUCGAGGAGAACGGGGGGACCCAGGUGACCUAGGCCUCCCCGGAGCUCCUGGACCCAAGGGCAGUAAGGGCGAGAUGGGGCUGGCGGGAGCCCCAGGAGAAACCGGGCUGGCAGGCCUUCCUGGACCUAUGGGACCACGAGGACCACCAGGUCCCCCAGGCCCUGCUGGACCUCCUGGGCCAGGCUACGAGGUUGGAUUUGGCGACAUGGAAGGCUCGGGGAUGCCUUUCUUUUCUACCUUUCCUGGAGAACGCGGACCCGAAGGGCUGCAGGGGCCACCAGGAAUCCCCGGACUCAAGGGGGACACUGGCAGCCCUGGGCUGCCUGGCUUGCCAGGACAAAAGGGGGACCACGGGGCUCCAGGUGUGGAUGGGCGCCCAGGGCUGGAAGGUUUCCCAGGACCUCAGGGACCCAAAGGUGACAAGGGCAUCCAGGGGGCUAAGGGUGAACGAGGCCAAGAUGGAGUGGGCUCCCCAGGCCCCCCUGGGCUCCCUGGACCCCCGGGGCAGGUCAUCUAUGCGUCGGGUGAAGAGAAAGCAUUAGCUGGUUUACCAGGCCCUGAGGGCAGACAAGGCCAAGCUGGCUUCCCGGGCCCAGUGGGAGCUAAAGGAGACUCAGGAGAGCCAGGUUUCCCAGGCACUCCAGGACCAAAGGGUGAGAAAGGAGAGCCUGGAGCGAUCAUCAGCCCAGAUGGGACGGGCAUCUCGGCCGGCAUGAAAGGAGACAAGGGUGAGCAGGGGCUCGUGGGACCCAUGGGCCCAGCGGGCCGGCAUGGACAACCUGGACAGAAGGGGGAAAUCGGCUUUCCUGGCAGACCGGGCCGUCCCAGCAUGAACGGACUGAAGGGCGAGAAGGGGGACCCCGGAGGGCUCGGCUUGCAGGGUCCUCCGGGUCUCCCCGGGCCCCCAGGUGCCCCUGGCAGUGUAGUGUCCAUCUACGACAAUAACGCAUUUAGUGAGUCGGGCCUUCCCGGCCCUCCAGGAUUGCCUGGCUACCAGGGUGCCCCAGGACAAAAGGGUGAACGAGGCGACACAGGUGCCCCAGGGCCCCCAGGCCAGUUCCCCUAUGAUCUCAACGAAUUUGGUUCCACCUUCCGGGGUGAAAAAGGAGACCGGGGGGACCCUGGACUGAAAGGAGAAAAGGGGGAGUCUGGCGGGGGAGGACUGUACGGACCAAGCGUCACUGGACCUCCAGGUCCUCAGGGCUAUCCUGGCCUUCCGGGUCCCAAGGGGGACAGCGUUAGAGGCCUGCCUGGCCCCCCAGGGCCUCAGGGACCCCCUGGUAUUGGGUACGAGGGGCGGCAGGGCCCCCCUGGUCCCCCUGGGCCUCCCGGGCCCCCCUCCUUUCCAGGACCCCACAGACAAACUGUCAGCAUCCCUGGCCCACCUGGACCGCCAGGGCCACCGGGACCUCCAGGGACCAGCGGGUUGUUGACCUCCUCCGGGCAGCUGCGGAUCUUGCCAUCGUAUCAGUCCAUGCUGAGCACGGCCCAGGAGGUGCCCGAGGGCUGGCUGGUCUUCGCACAGGACAGAGAAGAGCUGUACGUCCGGGUGCGGAGCGGCUUCCGGAGAGUCCGGCUGGAGGAACACACUUCCCUCUCCAGCCCGGGGCUGGACAACGAAGUGUACGACAAGCCGCCGAGUGUCCACUACUCGCAUGGCGGCGCUGACUCCUCCGGCUCCCUGCACCCGCGCCGAGAGCACAACCCCUCCUCCACAGCCCGGCCCUGGCGAGCGGACGACAGCAUCGCCAACCACCACCGCCUUCCCGACCACUCGCCCCACAGCGCCCGGCCCCAGCAAGAGCUGCUGGACAGCUUCCCCCCACGCCGUCGGGGCCAGAGCGCCCCCUCCGCUGGCCACACGCACCACGACUUCCAGCCCGCCCUCCACCUGGUGGCGCUGAACGCCCCACUGAGCGGCAGCAUGCGCGGCAUCCGGGGAGCCGACUUCCAGUGCUUCCAGCAGGCCCGGGCAGUCGGGCUGACGGGCACGUUCCGAGCCUUCCUGUCCUCCCGGCUGCAAGACCUGUACAGCAUCGUGCGCAGGGCCGACCGGAGCGGGGUGCCCAUCGUCAACCUCCGGGAUGAAGUGCUGUUUAACAACUGGGAGGCGCUGUUCUCGGGCACGGAGGCUCAGUUCCAAGCUGGCGCUCGCAUCCUCUCGUUCGACGGAAGAGAUGUCCUGAGAGACUCUGCAUGGCCUCAGAAGAACGUGUGGCACGGCUCUGACGCCAAGGGCCACCGGCUCACAGAGAGCUACUGCGAGACAUGGAGGACGGACAACAGCGUGGUGACGGGCCAGGCCUCCUCGCUGGCCUCGGGCAAGCUCCUGGAGCAGAAGGUGAGCAGCUGCCAGAACGCCUUCAUCGUCUUGUGUAUCGAGAACAGCUUCAUGACCUCUUCCAAAAAGUGACCUGCCCCCGCCCGCGCCUCGGAGCACAGAGAGGAGGGACCCCCAUGGGGCAGCCGCUUCCCCCUUCACACAGCCAUUCCCAGAGAAGCAGAUGAAAAGCCAAAGAGUGUUGAGCUAGUUUGAAACUCCAGCCCGGCGCCGGCCAGCAUGUGGAGGGCUGAGCCGGCUGGCUGUGCUGACCGUCUCCUCAUCUCCGUUGCAGAUGCAGCGGGGCGCUCUCUUUUAAUCCCCCUCAUAUUUAACCAGGUUAGUUGUAUUCUUGGGUGAACUCCCCUUGGUUCCGUUUGCCCCCUUGCUAGGACGGUCGCCACAGGGAAGGCCCCGCGGUCCCCACGCAGGGUGCUGGAGCACAAGAUGCUCUUCGUGGAGACAGGGAGGCCCAGCUGGAGAGCUGGCUGCACGGCCGGUCCUCGCGCUGUGGGGUGGGUGACUGCCCCCGCUGGACAGCACUCUGGCCUCGGGAGCAGCCGGAGCAGGGUGGGCUGUCACCGCACGGUCUGAGGGCAUCCCAGGGCUUUGCUGUCUGUCGCGGACCACGCACCCUGCAGGGACUCAGCUGGCGAAAGGCCCCGAGUCUCUAGCUGUGUCCCUGUCUGCGGGUCGGCUUCCCCCUCGGCUAGGUCUGAUAGCCCCUGGCUUCGCCUCCCCUCUUCCCCCUGUUCCAGGGCAGCUGGAGUGGGGCCAGGCCCCCAGCCACAGGCGCCUCUGAGCUGGCAGUGGGGUUCCUGCCAGCAGAGCCCUGCUCCCCGUAGUGGGUAGUGAGAAGUGGGUUCCCCCCAUGGCAUGGGUAAGCUGGCAGUGGGGCAGUACUUUGGGAGCCGCUCAGAGGGGCGGGCUGUCCUUUGAAAGCAGACUCGGGUCCUUUUCGGAAGAACGGAACGGGUUUGUUAUAAGAGAAAAGUCGAAUGGAGCCCGACUCCCCACCCCAACUGUUCUGGGCAGUGCCUUCUCCAUCGCAGGGCACUGGCUAGCCGGGCGUCCCCUCCACAGGCUAGCCCAGCCGAUCCACACCAAACCCUGGCCACCAUGUGCCUUACUCUGGUCAGGGCGCGUGCGCUGACGAGGGGACUGGAUGUACUCUCCUUUGCUUGGGGGUGGGGGAAGUUUGACAGUUUCCAGAGGGCAGAUUGAAAAGUACCUGUUCUAGCAAUACUGAGCGUCGAGGGUUUGUGACCUCCAUGAGCAUUACGGGGUGGAGGUGCUUCUUCGCUGCCAUACACCCUGACUGCCAGAGGGAGCCCCAGCCCGCGACGGGCAAGUCUGGGGGUGGGAUUUAAGGUCCCAUGUUGCAGCUGAGCAUCGUCUCCAGGAGAACGUCCCACCUCCAAGCCAGAAGCCUUCCACACACUUUUAUACUCCUCAUGUACCGUACUUGUGAAGCACUAAUGUCUAAAGGAUUUUUUAAUCAGUUUUGGAAAUCUGAGGUGCUAAAUUUUUAACUAGCUUCUUAUUGUACUGAAAUUAUUACCAUAAAGGCUGUGCAAGUCACACAAUUUCCAUUUCUUCUUGUCUACUGUAUUUGUGUAAUUAAUGCAAUUUAAAGCCUGUGGAUUUUUGUUUUUUUUUUGUCAGUUGUGUUCUUUAAACCUUUUCUAAAGGCACUGAAUAAAGGAACGUCUCCUCUUGUACUCCCA